AUGGCUAUCCCACGGAUCCUCCCAGCAGUACUGGGAGUCACGGCAUCCAUAGCGACAACAGCCGUUUUAGCAACUCAAAUCAUCCUUGCAAGGUCAGACGCACAACGAGCAUCGUCAGUCAGAAUAACUGCCACUGUUGCCGCCAUAUUCGAGGCGAUCGUGCUAGCCUUCCUCGUCGUUUUCGUUCUUUCUCAUGCUAUCCAGUGGACCCCCGUCGUUCGUUUGAGAAGAUUCAGCAAUUUAUGGCUCAGUACAGGUGUCGUCCUGUGCACCGUCGGCGCGGCUGUGUCUGUGGCCAGCCUGAUCUGUCUGAGCCGGGUGGUUGAUGAUGUCAACAGCACGAUCUUGGGCUCGAAGGCAACAGAUCUGAUGAUUGGGGCAUCAACUGCCCUGGGGCUUGCGUUUGCUGUACAACUCGUCUUUUUCGUCGUCCACGCCCUGGCAGCACGGGCACAAGGAGUCGGAAUGCAUUUGCUGGGCCGUUCCAACCGUAAUGACCGGCCGCUGCCGAAAGUCAAGUCGAUCCCAUACCACGAGACGGUCCCGGCUUCAGAAAAGCGCAAGGGGAGGAUGUCGGUUGAGGUUUGGAGCCCUCCCGGUUCGAGUGCUGGGCGGUCUGCAGGUUCUAUUCGCUCGUCACUUUCUCAAGUUGUGCGGCCCAUCUCGUCGAAGACUCGCUUAUUGUCAACCAGCUCACGGUUUUCGCGCCGAACUGCCUCGAUCGACGUUCCCGAGGUUCCCCCGGUGUACACUCCGCCUUCUGGCUGCGUAGAAGACGGCUUUGAUUCUUGGGACACAUCUUCAGUCGACACCGAGAACCGUAAGACGGUGACAGAACCUUCUUCCUCGCCUGUUCUCAGUCACGUCCUGGAACCCAUCCCCGCGAGCCCGAUUACGGCCCAGACUCAUAGCUCCAACAGUUCGACGGAAAAGCUAGAGCCCCCCCCACGGAGCGCCAGACGUCGUAGUCGGAGCUACAGCCCCAUGCCGACAAGCGCCCUCAUCCAGGCACAACGGACUAGCUUCACCCAGCACGUGUCGCACAGUGAGUCUCACAUUCACCCUCUCUUCCGGUCGAAUUCUCCUGCCCCUCCAACCAUCGCGACUCCCGGCACAAUGGUAGUCGCAGCGCCCAACGGGGGCGGCGUCAUUUCGGACAAGGCCAGCAUCCGCAGCAUCAAGAGCAUGCGCCGCCUGCGGAGUGACAGCAUGCCGGUGGUGCCCAGCCCGCUCAGUCGUGCCACGUCACUGGACUCGUUCCAUCGCCGCAUGGAGAGCAACUGCUCGAGGGAGACGAGGGAAACAGAGACGGUGCCGGAGAUCGAUGAGCUGGGGGCUCUUGCUGUUCCCGAGGUCGAGACUGAGAGCACAAUGACGCCGCCGAUCCCGGAUUGGAUUUUCAACGCCGGGACUCGUGAGAGUGUGGCAACGCAUACCGGACGGAGGGGCCAGGGAGCUGGCAGCCAGGCAAAUGAGGCUGAAGUUGGGCAGAGGUUGUGA